AUGUGUUUCUUGUACACCUCCUUCAUCCCUGAGGAAGCCAAGCUGGAAGAAGAAGGCGCAUUUUCAGGGUUGUGUUACAUAGAUUUUGAUCUCUGGGGGAUGUCGACUGUAGUUAGUGAUUCGAUGGUUAUAGGCCACGGGCCCGACGGGCCCACCGUUAACGGGCCUGUGAGUAUGAUGUCGGGCCAGAUUGAGGUGGAGUUCGCGAGAUGCGAUUGCUGCGGGCUUACUGAGGAGUGCACCCUCACAUACAUAGAGACAAUCCGAGAAAGGUAUGGUGGCAAAUGGAUCUGCGGGCUUUGUGGGGAGGCCGUCGAGGAUGAAAUCUUGAGAUCACAGAAGCUGAUAAGCCUGGACGAAGCACUGGCUCGACACAUUAGCUUCUGCGGCAAGUUUCGGGCCUCGGAUCCGCCCGAGGACCCCACCGUGCAUCUAAUUCGGGCCAUGAGGCAGGUUCUGAGGAAGAGCCUGGAAAGCCCAAAAUCCAUGAAGUCCAUACCGAGUAUCCUGACCAGCAGAAGAGGAGGCACUUUGAAGGGCCCGGUUUUCGCCUGA